AGUCGCCAUCGUCAUUCGUCUGCCCCCUCCGGCUCCCGGUUUUCUCUCCUCCACCACCCCACCCCGCCACACGCAACCAGGAAACCAAAAAAAAUUAUACCAAUCUUUAUGUUCCUGUCCUCUCGAUCCGAUCGAGACCCCCCACCCGGCCGUAACCCUACCCCGGAAUGGCUUCGGCGGAGUCGUCGGCGGCCGGCAGCAUGCGGAAGGCGCCGUCGAUGGAGUGGCGGUGGGUGUCCACGGAGGAGGAGGAGGACGACGACGACGGCGGCGGGGCCGGGUCCAGGGGCGCCGCGGCCGUCGGGGUCGUGGGCAGGGGCGGGAGCUUCGAAUCGGAGGAGGAGGAGGAGGAGAAGCAGCGGCUGAUCCGGACCGUGCGGUCCGUGAACUGGUUCGACGUCGAGGGCAACGAGGUCUCCGUCGCGCAGCAGCUCGAGAACUCCGAGGAGUUUGAUUUUGGCAGGACGAUGUUUCUUGCUCUUCAGACUCUUGCUGUUGUGUUUGGACAUAUUGGAAUAGGCCCAUUGUAUACAUUUGACGUCAUGUUUAACAAGUACCCUAUUCUCGGAGAGGAUGAUGUUCUUGGAGCGCUCUCACUAGUUCUGUAUACUCUGAUUUUGAUGCCAUUAGUGAAGUAUGUCUUGGUUGUCCUUUGGGCCAAUGAUGAUGGUGAAGGUGGUAUAUUUGCCUUGUAUUCUUCGAUUUGUAGAAAUGCGAAAGUGGGUCUCAUUCCAAACCAAGUACAGUCUGAGAAGUGGAUGCCAAGUUUCCGACUCAAGCUUCCAACACCAGAGCUUGAGAGAUCUAUAAAAGUAAAAGAGAAACUUGAAUCUUCAUUGUUGUUGAAGAAGUUGCUUUUAGGAUUAGUGCUGUUCGGGACUUCCAUGUUCAUAUCAAAUGGAGUUAUCACACCAGCAAUGUCAGUGUUGUCUGCUGUCAGUGGCUUGAAAGUUGGGGUACCAAAUGCCUCGCAAGAUAUUGUUGUGAUGAUUUCAGUUGCACUUCUUGUAAUGUUGUAUAGUGUACAGAGGUAUGCCACUAGCAAAGUAGGGUUUGCAAUUGGCCCUUUGUUACUUAUAUGGUUUUGCUGUCUUGGAGGAAUUGGCAUAUACAAUCUCAGUCUGUAUGGCCCGGCAGCUUUUAAGGCCUUUAAUCCUCUCUACAUUAUUUAUUAUUUUGGGAGGAAUCCCUUUCAGGCUUGGCUGUCCCUUGGUGGGUGUCUUUUAUGUGCAACAGGAUCUGAGGCAAUCUUUUCAAAUCUUUGCUACUUUCCUGUUAAAUAUGUUCAGUCUAUGUUUGUGCUUCUUGUUCUUCCUUGCCUUGUCUUGGCAUAUCUAGGACAGGCUGCUUUUCUUAUUGCAAACCAAAAUUCAUAUGAGCAGAUCUUCUUUUCAUCUAUUCCAAGUGGAGCUUUCUGGCCUGUUUUCUUAUUAGCCAAUUUGGCUGCACUAAUUGCCAGUAGGACAAUGACAACUGCUAUAUUCCAGUGCCUAAAGCAGUCUAUAGCACUUGGCUGCUUUCCUCGGCUGAAAAUUGUUCAUACAUCUCGGAAAUUUAUGGCUAAGAUAUACAUUCCGGUUGUAAACUGGUUUCUACUGGUUUCCUGCUUGAGUUUUAUUGUGUUGUUCAGAAGCAUAUACGACGUUGGCAAUGCAUAUGCCAUAGCUGAGCUUGGGGUGAUGAUAAUGGCCACGAUUUACGUUACAAUCAUAAUGCUUCUAAUAUGGGAGACCAAUAUUGUUAAGGUAAUGUCAUUUGUUACCGUAUUCCUCUUCUUGGAGCUGAUUUUCUUCUUGUCAGCUCUGAGUAGUGUUGGAGAUGGAGGUUGGGCGUUGUUGAUUUUUGCUUCUGUUCUCCUCAUGAUUAUGUUCAUCUGGAAUUACGGGAGUAAACUCAAGUAUGACAGUGAAGUCAAACAGAAGCUUUCAAAGGAUUUGAUGAGAAAAUUGGGGCCCAACCUUGGUACUAUCAGAGCUCCUGGACUAGGCUUGGUCUGCAGUGAUAUAGUGAAAGGCGUUCCUGCAAUUUUUGGUCAUUUUCUGACCUCCCUACCUGCAAUACACUCGAUUAUCGUGUUUGUGUGUAUCAGGAAUGUGCCAGUGCCUGUGGUUCCCCAAAGUGAAAGGUUUCUUUUCCAACGUGUAUGCUCAAGGGGCUAUCACAUGUUCCGCUGUAUAGCCAGAUAUGGGUACAAAGACAAGAAGCAGGAACACAAUAGCGUAUUCGAGCGGCUCCUGGUAGAAGGCCUCGAAAAAUACAUACAACGGGAGGCAGUAGAGCUAUCCCUACAAAGUGAAGAUGAUAUCGACUCUGAUGAAGAGCCUCCGACCCCUGUAAAGUUUAUCACAGCACCAAAUGGUAGCCUCUACACGCUUGACGUCCCUCUCCUGGCAGACUAUGCGCCUUCAACAGAAGUUAUUCCUGAAGCCAGUUGCUCGACGCCUGAACAAGAUCUGGCAGUGGACUACUCACAGAACCUUGAACUGGAGCUGGCAUUCAUCAAGCAGGCCAAGCAAUCUGGAGCCGUCUAUCUCAUCGACAACCCCAUCGUCAAAGCCAGGAAGGACUCCUGGUUCUUCAAGAAGUUGGUGAUAAACUAUUUCUUCGCAUUCUUGAGGAACAACUGCCGCAGGGCGGUCAUGUCCAUGAGCAUCCCACAGUCGAAUAUGCUGCAAGUGCGCUUGACCUCUUAUGUCUGAAUGCGAAAGUUACCUGUUUUGGCACUGGUUUUUUGUUCAUGCUGUCAUGCCUGUCUAAUGGAGACCACGCUAACCAGAAAAGAAUAAUAGGGGCAAACGGCAAACGGCAAAAGACGAUACUUGCACUCUUGGAUUUAUUCAGAAGAUGACGGCUUCAUUUGUAGGAAUCUUUCCUGUAGAUUUUGUACAAUGUGAAAAGGGUGGUUAUAUCAAUAUGUACCUGAUAGAGUGAACAGGCACAUCACAUAAUGAUGUAUUAACCUGUGUUUUCCUCUGUGAAGCAGAUAUUCUUUUGUCAUGUGCUCCUUGAUUUUGUUAGACAAGAUCUUUGUAGUUGCAAGGUACUAGCCAAAAAUGAUCACUUGUAAGUAUGUUUUUGCCCGUGGAGCAGUGUUCUUACUUUAUCAUCCACUUGCUGUUUCUUUGUCAA